CGUCGCCACCGUUCCAGCAGCAACGUUCUGGCACGCUGCGAGGAAAUGGAGAGGACUUUGCCAUUUCCCUGUGCCUAUGCAUUCAAGGCGGCCCUGCACAUCACAUUUGACGUUCUCGAUCGGAUGGCACUUAUGUCGAGGAUCACAUUUGAGAAGCUUAUGCGGGACAUCAAGAAACGAUCGAAGGAGGAGCCGUUGGUCGUCGAGCGGGCGCUGAGCCACAUUGUGUCCAGCAUUGACGCGGGCAAUGUCGUGAUGUUUGGGCCCGCAUUCUACGUGGCCUGCAGCCUGUUUAAGGACGAGAAGCCGCCGCAGCUGGCCCGUGGCACGUGCCUCGUGCGGAGCGUGUUUGUCACGCCUGGCCGACUCAUUUUUCGUCCUCCGCAGCUUGGUCAUGCGUGGUGCAGUGCCAGUCGCGACAAGGCCCGCGAGAAGGCUCUUUUUCAGUGGCUGGUCCCCAGUCCCCUGGAGGCCUUCCAGUUGGCCUCGCACCCGUUUGACCGAGAUGUGAAGCUGUCGUCGAUCUCGUUUGGCACGCUGGUGCAGUUGGGUGUGUUCGUGCAGCACAAGCUGUCCUCGUCGUCCAUCAUCGACGACCACCGCGACUACUGGAUCAACGCGACAUUCCGUCAUGACCAGCGCGUGCUGCAUGUCGAUCUGCACCUCAACCACCGCGAGGCCUGUGCAGGGCUGAUCGCCGAGUACCGGUUUAUCGUCCCAUACCUAAACAUCACAAAGGUGUGUACACACUCCCAGUGGCAUUGCACUGCUACGCAUUAGGCCGCAAAUUACUCCGGCCUGCUUGUUUUAUCUAGAUACGAUGCUGAAAUGCACGGUGAAUUAGGUGGAGUAGGAUAUAAAUAUACAUAAUGCAUACAAAUGAUACAAGAUAUCAGAAACGAGGAAGUGAAUUCGGAAUAAAUUUUUUGCAAGCAUCACUGUAUCACUUUUCCAUGUUGGCAAGUUAUCUUGU